AUGGUAAUUAACUGCAAAAAUGCUUCAACGUCUUCAAAGAAUUCACACGUGUCGGCUUCUCCCACUCGAUCCGGUGUAGAAAAUAAUGAUACAAAACGACUGAAACAAGGCCCAAUAGCCCUUUUGCAGUACAAACACACUGAAGCCAAACACGGAAUUAUAAAAUGGUCGCAGACAGACAAGAAUUCGUAUGUGCAUGGCGGGAUGGACUUUUCUGAGGACAAAUAUAUAGUGCUGCCCUCUAGCGGUUAUUAUGAUGUGCAGACGAGAAUUCAAAUGGAUACCUAUACCGUGGACAUGCCAGUUUCAAAAGAGGUGUUAAUACGGCUAGCUAUUAACGUGAUGGAUCCCAACGGCAACGUCAGAACACUGAUGGAGGAAAAGUUUAUUCUUGGGUACAAACAGAUGUUUGGAAAGCAGCUAGGUCCAUCCAUGUUCUUUUUAUCAAAGGGCAGUGUGGUGUACGUGGUUAUGAAUAAUCACACGUAUAUUAAUCCUAGUAAACACAACAUGUUUGGUAUCAGGAAAUGGUCAGAUUAACAAUAUCGUGAUCAGGUGGUAUUACAACCAAUUCAAAUCUACUCACUGCAUGGAGUAAACUGUUCAAAACUUAUUUUAAGAUAUAUUUUACUUUUGCAAUAAUAUGCAAUUAUUUUAUUUGUACAUUUAUUGAAUCUCUUACAAAAUUAUUUAUAUAUUUAUUUAUAAUGCAAGAUUUGUACAAUUGUGAUUUGUGAAUGGGAGGGAGAGAAAGACUGUUGUUUUUAUUUUCAUUCAAAAUGGAAAUAUAUCUUUCGGUUGUGUAUACUAAACUGCAUUCCGAUGGCAGUAUAAAAAUAUGUAUUGUCUUUCAUAGUGGUAGAUGUAUGAGGCAGCAUGAUUUUUUAAAAAAUAUUAUUUGAUCAAAAACUAUGUGAUAAUAAAUGUUUAUUUUUUUUAAAA